CUUCUUCCUCCUCUUCCUCUUAUUAUUAUUAGGCUGAAUCUCUGUUCCCCAGUUUGUCCUUUUCCAUCACCCAUUCUACAGCCUUCCCGCACUCUGCGUAUGCUCAGAGGACUCUGCGUCCGAUGCUCAAAAACCUCGAUGUCCCAUUCUGAAUUUUUUCCUUCUCCUCCCUGCAAACUUUCACACCUCGAGCGAUGCGCUCGGCGCUCGGCCGGCCAUCCUUGCGUCACUGAUCGGCGACUCUGCUCUCGUUCGGCGCGGACAGGACGCGCCUUGCCUCGGCGCGCGUGCGCAGUAGACCCGAAGAUGGCGUCCGAGGCCGGGGGCUUGCAGGAAGAAGCGCUGCGGCGGAGGGAGCGGCUGAAGGCGCUGCGGGAACGCACCGGGGCGGCCAGGAAGCAAAAUGAGGACAAGGAGGCACCCCAGGUGAAGGUGCCGAAAAGCAACAGCCGGGAGGAAGAGGAGGAGGAGGAAAACGUCCCGAAACACAAGGAGCUGAAGUUGCGGAAUUAUAUCCCUGAAGAUGUGGAGCUGAAGGAAAGGGUGGUGCCCAAUGCCAAGCCGGCUUCAGUGGAAGACAAAGUGAAGGAGCAAUUAGAGGCAGCUAAACCGGAGCUGAUCAUUGAAGAAGUGGACCUGGCAAAUCUUGCCCCCAGGAAGCCCGACUGGGACCUAAAGCGAGACGUGGCCAAAAAACUGGAAAAAUUGGAAAAACGUACACAGAGGGCCAUCGCUGAGCUGAUCCGAGAACGGUUGAGAGGCCAGGAGGAAGAGUUGGCCUCUGCCGUCGAUUCGGCCCAACAGGAAGACAGUGAUUCGGAUUGAGGCCCCUGGCCGAAAGGAGAUUCCCGGACCAGCAAGGGGGCCAUUCAUCCCUACAAAAUCACCUCAGUUGCAAAGAAAACUCCAAAUUCUUUCUUCAAACAUCCAUUUUGUUACCCGAAACUUCUGCCUUAAUGGGCAGGAGAAGAGACAAAGUCACGAGUCUCUUGGCUUGGCUGCUGCUGCUUCUUCACCUUGGGACCUAGAGUGACCUGGGCCACUUCAGAGGUCCACGACAAAACCGAGGAAAGACAUCGGCCGAGCAAGAUGGGAAGUUUUGAUCCGGACUCUGGCCUUGAUCCUCGGUGUGACUUGCUGAGCGGGUUGGGGAUCCAUCUUUUGUUUUUUGUUUUUAACCCCCCCCCCCAAAUGUUUAUUUUUCUAUUUCCAAAGUUCAAAUACAAAAUAAAGGGAGAAAAGGGGGCAACGAGCUAGCAGCCACCUGAUAUUAAAAAUUUAAAAACCUGUAAAAAAAAAAAGAAGUUGAAAUAUAUCAGAAAAAAGCUGAAGGGACCGGCAAUUGUGUUUAAUUUCUCAUUUUCUAAAUCAGUUCUUUUUCAAUGUCAGCCAUUUUGAAGAUGAGCGGACUUCAAUUCCCAGAAUUCCCUAGCCAGCUAUAGCUUGAGUUGAAGUCUGCACAUCUUCAAAAUGGCUGAAGUUGAGAAACACCGUUUUAAAGCAACACAUUUUCUUGCUUUGCCUCCAAAACCCCAACCUGCAAUGUGUGUGUGUGUGUGUGUGUGUGUGUCCUAAAAAAGCUAUGUUGUGUUCCUUCUGCCUUUUCAAUAAUUUUGUGAUGGGUUGGUUGCUUGAGGGUCAAUCCUACUUUUUAUACUUUAAAUAACUCCUACCCUGCCAUCCAGUUCUCAGCAUAUAAAAUAUGGAGGAAAUCGACAAAUGUCACUUAUUAAGAGGGGGUGUGUGUUUGUGUGUGUGUGUGUGUGUCUGUGUGUGUGUGUGUCUCCCUGGCGUACAGGAAAGACAUUAAUCUACAAAUUUUCUAGAUUUCUCCAUUCAAAAUGUAUGUGACACACCAGGCUGUGUCGUGUGGAGGAAAUUUUUUUCUUUGAUAAUAAAAUGUUCCCCAAGCGA